AUGGGCAAACAACUCAGAGAUGAAAACCUGAUCCGAUAUUUUGUUGUAAAGAGAGUGAAGUUUAUCUGGAAUGCCGAGGAGGACAAGUAUCAGAAACUGAGGGGUUUGGAAGUUAACAAUACAUGCUCAUAUUUCCAUGAGGCCAAAGGGUUAAGCUAUGAACACCAAAGAAAAAGGAGAGUAUUAUAUGGGUCUAACAGUAUAGCUGUACAUGUCACACCAAUUCUAUCAUUACUUUUUAAAGAGGCAUUAUCACCAUUCUAUGUGUUCCAAGUGUUUAGUGUGAGCGUAUGGUUUGCCGAUGAGUAUUAUUACUACGCUUCAUGCAUCAUUAUUAUAUCUGUGAUAUCAUUGUCUACAUCCAUCUACCAAACCAGAAAGAUGCAGAGGGCGUUAAGGAACACCAUACAGACCUCCACCAUUGUUACAGUAUGCAGGGGAAACGAUGUGUAUGAGGAUAUACCAUCAGAAGACUUGGUACCUGGAGAUGUUAUAGAGGUACCACAUCAUGGCUGUGUGAUGCAGUGUGAUGCUGUACUCAUCAGUGGUAACUGUAUCGUGAAUGAGAGCAUGCUUACAGGUGAGAGUGUUCCUGUUACAAAGACCCCACUGCCUGACACUAGACAUUCAUCGUCAUCUAGAAACACCGUGUUUAACAUGAAAGAACACAGUAAACACACUUUGUUCUGUGGUACACAAGUUAUACAGACACGUUACUAUGGUAACCAGAAAGUACGAGCUGUCGUUGUCAGGACAGGUUUUCUGACAUCUAAAGGGGAACUUGUGAGGGCUAUACUGUACCCUAAACCUGUUGAUUUUAAGUUCAACAGGGACACCUACCUCUUUGUUGGCAUAUUGGCCUCAAUUGCUGGUAUUGGACUCAUUUAUACAGUAAUUGUUAAGGUAAAUAGUUGA